AUGACAAGCAGUCACGAAAAACAAUUUCAACUGAGCCAUAACGGUGAAGAGAAGGGAGCAGAGCGAAUCGCUCAGGGAGUUCAAAUAAGUAUUCCUGCACACCCUCACUCUGCAGAAGAUACUAUUGAAGUUCGUGCUAUAAGAAGUUCGACAAGUGAUGCUGGCUCUCUGAUACACAACCUCAGCAUUGCACCAUCGUUAAAGCAAAGAAGAGCUUCACGAAAUUCAUUCGGCAUGACUCUUCCAAUCCCAACCUCCCCCAGCGCAGCCCAAACCCCAUCGGUGCACCGAGACGUUGAAAAUGCAAGGCGAGGCCUUCUGGCAUCUCGGAUCCAAGACCUAGAAAAGGAAAAGGUGGAAGCUGCUAAGAACAUGGCAUUCGCAUUCGACAUCGACGGUGUGUUAGUCCACGGAGAUCGACUCAUUCCAGAAGCGGCCCGAGUGAUGGAGCUUCUCAACGGCGACAAUGAGCUCGGAAUCAAAAUUCCAUACAUCUUGCUCACAAACGGUGGAGGGAAAACCGAAUCUGCUCGCGUGGAGGAAUUGUCUCGCAUCCUCGGCACACCGGUUUCCACUAGUCAAUUCAUUCAAUCCCACACCCCAAUGCAAGCGUUGGCAGCAUUCUAUAAGACAGUACUUGUUGUGGGCGGUGAUGGAUUCAAGAUUCGGCAAGUUGCUGAAGACUAUGGCUUCAAAAAUGUGGUGCUUCCAAAGGACAUUCUCGCAUGGGAUCCGACUAUUUCUCCAUGGAGUAAGCUCUCAGAGGAAGACCGCAAAAAAGCAAGAAUCCAGCAAUUCGACAAGAUGACCUUCGAAGCAAUCAUGGUAUUCGCAGAUUCACGAGAUUACGCAACCGAUAUGCAGAUCAUUAUGGACCUUUUGCUCAGCGAAAAUGGCAAGCUCAAGACCAAGUCCCGAGUUCCACAGGGUAAACACCUGCCCAUUUUUUUCUCCCAGGGUGACUUGCUCAUGCCAACAGAGCAUGGAAUUCCACGUCUGACUCAAGGCCUGUUCCGCAUUGGUAUCGAAGCUAUGUACAAGUCUCUGACUGGCGAAGACUUGCAGCGUAUCGUGUAUGGCAAGCCGGAGCUGGCCACGUACACAUUCGCCGAUCAAGUUAUGAAGCAGUGGAUGAACGAGAUCCACGGGGAACAUACCUUGCCAAAAAAUAUUUAUAUGGUCGGCGACAACCCGCAGUCAGAUAUCGUCGGAGGCAACAUGUACGGAUGGAACACUUGUUUGGUUCGGACGGGUAUCUUCCAGGGCGGCGACAAUGAUGAAGAGAACCCAGCAAACUUUGGUGUUUUUGCGAACGUGCUGGAAGCUGUUCAGGCGGCGAUGAAGAAAGAGCUUGGAGCAGAAUUCAAAUUUCAGUGGAAUGGUAGCGUUAACCCGGUUAUGCAGCCAGGUGGCAUAUCUGCUGUGGAAUAG